AUUUAGAAGGUUCCCGAAUACGGUCAUAUAGAAAGUAAAAGUGAAACUGAAUUGAAGCGAGUGCUUAUAUAAGAGUGAAAGCUACUCAGAGAGAAAUACAGACUGCACAAAGACUUCUUGGACAAUCUCUGGUUGUACAGGCCUAUUCUUGGCUAUUUGGCGGAUAGAUUUGUCUUCUUAUCUGUUUUCUUAGACUCAGUCAUGGGAACGGCACCAUUAGCACCACAACUAAAAGGUAAUUCAACAUUUAACCAAAACACAGACAUUACAGGCAUCAGUGUGAAAAGAGGACAGGACAUAACUUUCAGGUGCGACGCAAACUGUGAAGUAUACGGCACAUGGAAGAAGGAUGGUCUGACAUUGCACAAUGAUGGCAGGAUCAUUAUCACAGAACCAACUCAGUAUCGAUGCUUCAACCUGACGAUCCGUGAUGCCACGGACGAGGAUGAGGGUGAAUACACCCUAAAGUUGUCUAAAUGGCGUGGUGAUGCGUCAGGUUCUGCGAAAGUCAAAGUACUGGAUUACGCUGUGGCCUGGAGAAAAAUUGACCACCAAAGAAAUGACACAGUUAAAACGGCCCUGAGGGAGUUUACACCCAGCAACCCAGAGGCACAACGCCUUCGCUUCCUGCUACAUGGGCCAGUUGGAGCAGGGAAAUCCAGCAUGGCCAACUCUGUCAACACUGUCUUCCAGGGCCGCACGACUGUGAACGCACAUGCAGCCCCAUCCACUGGCAAAAGUGAAACCACAACGUACAACAUGUACGAGAUUAAGGACCAGCACGGAAGAAAGCUGUCUUUCGUCUUCAAUGACAUCAUGGGACUGGAGGGUACAGAAACAGGCGGGGUGCUGACUGCUGACAUCAUCAGUGCCUUAAAAGGACAUGUCAAAGAUGGCUAUAAGUUCAACCCCUCGUCUCCUUUGUCUGGCGGGUUGUACUACAACAACAACCCCACUCUGGAUGAGAAAGUCCACUGCCUGGUGAGUGUGAUGCCUGCACACAAAAUCCUUCUGCUGGAGGAAACCCAUGGCCUCAUCAUGAAGAUGAGGGAAGUCAGAGACGUUGCCAAGAACCUUGAAAUCCCCCAUGUACUCUUGAUGACCCAUGUGGACAGCUGUCCUCUGGUGAAGGAGGACCUGGACAAAAUCUACUUCAGCAAGAAAAUUAAGAUAGCAAUGGAGAACUGUAGUGUCAAGCUUGGUGUUCCCAUGAACCGAAUCUUCCCGGUGAAGAACUACCAUGAAGAGAACUGCGUGGAUGAGAAAGUAGACUGUGUGAUCCUGGAUGCCCUGGACAACAUUGUCAACUUUGCCAAUGAUUAUGUGAUCAGACAGAUUGAAUAGAUAUAGUAGAUGGGCGACUUAUUUCAUGCCUUCUUAUUAUUCUUGUAUCACACUCCUAUGGAAACCAAGUAUAAUUAUAAUACAAAACAUAUGCCAAGUUACCCAGGUGUAAAAUGUAAUUAGCCAAACUAAACCAUUUCCCUCAAAUGUAUUUAGCAUACCGUAAAUCCUCAAAUAAAGACCGGGAUUCAAUUAGAGGCCGGGCUUCAGAUAGUAUCCGGGGGCGUGGUCGAUACGGACAAAUAAAGGCCGGGCCCUGUAUACA